AGCGGGCCCGGACUCUGGGCGACCGCCUCCGAGGCCAAGUCGGACCUCCCGUUGGCAUCAUCAUCAUCCUCCACACCAGCAACUCCUCCACAAAACACAAUGCAUCUGAGCAGGUUUGGGCUGCUUGCCCUCGGGGCAGCUGCAGUCGAUGCCUUCCGUGAUACUUCUCCAUUUUUCCUCGCGUCGACCUCCGAGAUCCUAGCGAACUCUGCGCACAUCAAGACCAGCACCUCACUGUUCGGUGAUCUUUCAUCCGCUCUCGGUUCUUGCCCGUCGGAAUACUAUGUUCUUGUCAACCAGCCUGGUGUGCAUAGCUCGGACUUUGCGACCCGCAAGUCGGCACCCCGCCUCGGCGCGAAGAUGCUAGGCAAGGAUAAGGCUAUUCGAUCAAAGAUGAGCGUCAAUGAAGUGGCGGGCCUUUUGGAGGUCAAGCAACUCAAGGAUCUGCUGCAGGAGAAGUGCCAGGCUCAGACUACCGUCAUCGACGGCUCCUCCGGAUCGUACCCAUCAUACUUUGAGUCGGGCCCUCGGAUUAUCGAUGUCGAGUUCCCUAUGCUCUCGCUUGGAUCGGACCGUGCUGACCAGCUCUCCAACAACGAUGGUCUGGUCGCCGAUAUCAUUGAGCGAAUUCCUUCUUCCUCCCAGUAUACUCUUCUCUACAUUACCUCGCCGAGGGAGUUCCCCGAGACCGAUUCCAUCAUCUACGAGACCGAGGACGCCUAUCCUGACUCGGUCCGCAUGGAACUCAAGCGCGACUACUCCUCCCACUCCUCCUACUCCAGCGCCUCCGAGUCCGGUCGCAACACAUCUCUAUUUGACGAAUACCAAUUCUUUACCCCAGGACUUUUCAUGGGAUUCAUGGCUACUUUCCUGUGCCUGAUCAUCCUGUACAUUGCCAUCAGUGCUGUCAGCAGUCUCCAGGUGCCCUACGCUGCCUUUGAGAAGGAUACUUCGUCUGCUGUGCAGAAGAAGCAACAGUAAGUUGGGAUGGGCACUUUUUGGGUGACAAGCCUCGAGUAAGGGGCCAUACCUUGCUCAAUGCACGCUACAAUUGAGUUACUCGCGUUCUUUUUCAGUAUCAAGGGCACGAUCUUUUUUCGUAUUAUUGUAUGAUAAAUCACACUGCGAAUUUCUGGGUAGAAUUCAAGCCAUCAUCAUGUGACACCCCCUCAAGCCGCACGGCUCAGGCCUCAGGCUUCAGGCACUUAAUUUAGCGCAG